AUUAGUUUUCAACCACACCUUGAGCAAGAAAGACAUCACUCUGCACAUAACACCGGGUGACCUAUAGAGCAGUACUUAGUAUCGUAAAAUAAAGUUUGUUCGGUUUCUCAGAGAGUGUAGUGAGUAGGUAUAUAUAUAACCCUGCUCCGGGUAUAGAGGAACAGACAGAGCGGCGACUCUCCGGGUUAGUUUCUCACAGAGCUCAGCAAAGGACGGAUCAUGGAGUUAACAGCGUGUCCUAAAUGCAUCUCACUGCUGAUUUUACCUUUUCUGCUAGUUACAUUGACAGCAGAUCUGACAGUAGGUGCACCUAGAGCAGCACAAGACGUUGCAACCCUAAGAGGAGCAGGAGGAGGAAUUAGAGGUUCUAAAGGAGGAGGUUGGGGGCUUAAGCUUGAUGCACUUCAGGGUUCUAAAGAUAAGAAUGCAGACCUCAAUGAAGCCAUCGAUGUAAUUCUAAGCAAAAACAAUUCUCCAUCUCUCCGAUUGUUCCUAAACGAUAAACUUUUCCUUCGCCAUCUACAGCUGCUGUUGGAGCAACCAACUCGCAAACACUAUCAACAGCUUCAAAACCGAUUUAUGACGCUCAGAAAUCGUAGAACAGACGAGGUUUCUAGUCGCUUUUUCCUUCGAGAUUAGACGCGGGAAAACAAUCCAUACCAAACCUAACCUAGUAAAGUACAAGAAAGCUGUGGUUACAAGGAUUGUUAAAGAUGGAGGCGGAAUUGCGUUGGAGUGAAAGAUCUGGUUUUAGAAGAACUAAUAGUGUCAACAGAACCGUACUACAGUACUAUCCGAUUACCUGAGCAAGUAUUCUAGAAGACGACAUUUUGGAGUCUUCUAAUAUUAAUAAUGUAAAUAUUGUAUGUAUACCGUGUAUAUCUUAUUAUUUGCAUAUGUAUAUAAAUUAACCAAACUUUUAAAAAUCAAACUUUAUCAUUUCUCCCUAUGAAUAGUGUAAUCAAAGGGGGUAGAUUAUGAAGCAUGUGUUUGAUCAUGAGAUUUUUUGCACCCAAAAUAUAAAUAUUUAUUUUAUAA